AUGGAGGUAGGGUGAAAUGCCAUGUCCCUGGCAGUAGGGUGAAAGUGAGAGGUGUGAUUGCGGAGUACCGAUGUAGGAGUCAAUGGAGGAGUUUAAGAGGGAGGUGACCGGGGGGAAAGUGAUUGAGGCGAGGCGAAUGAGCAGUAAGAAAAGGGAGGGUGGAGUAGAAAGCACUACGGUCCUUUUAGAGUUUGAAGGGAAUCUUCUGAGACUGAGUACAUCUAGGAUUCAUCAGCUGUUAUGUUAGGGAGUUUGUGCCAGCGCCGCGUAGGUGCUUUAAGUGUCAGCGCAUGUUAGCUAGCGUCUGUAAGGGGCAGAAACUUUGUGCGAAGUGUGGGGGACCACAUUAAUAUGGCAAGUGUGGGGUGGAGGCUAAGGCAAGGUGCUGUAACUGUGGCAGGGAACAUAGUGCAGCGUUCGGGGAUGUAUAGCACAGAAGCAGGAAGCAGAGGUACAGAGUUAUAAGAUCAAAAACAAGGUAACGUAUGCUGAAGCAGCACAGAGAGUUCAAAGUUCAGAACCUGUGAGGAAAUUGGUGCAGAGGCCUCCGAUGGAAAGGGGAGGUGAGGGAGUAGCACAAACUGGGGUCUCCACGAAAUGUGACCAUCAGUGUGCGGUCACAAAAUAAUCGUUGGUGGUGAACAGGGUUGACUUCUUGGCAUUCAUGUGUAGUGUGAUGAAUAUGAGUGAUCAGGUUCAGAAAAAGUCUGCACGCAUAGAUGUGGUGGUACGCGCGGCCAAAGAUUUCCUGGGAAUUACAGAAGCAACUCGAGUAAUGAUGCAUGAGAUGUUGAAUCAGCCAAGAGGUGAUGGUCCUUCAAUGGAACGCUAGCUGCUUAACAGCUAACGGGCAGGAGUUUAAGAAGUUUGUAUAUGACAUGGAUGUAGUGCCAGAUGUACUGUGUGUCCAAGAGACAUGGCUCAAACAUCAACUGGAGUUUGUGAUUCCGGGAUUCAGUUCGAUGUGAUAGUGGAGGGGUCAGGUGGGGUUGUGCUACGUUCGUUAAAGAGGGGAUGGCAUACAGAGUAUUGGAGAUACAGGAAUUUGAAUGUGUGGGGAUAUAAAUAUGUAGGAAUUGAGAUAACAUUUUAAUAGUUAAUUUCUAUAACCCCUACAAACUUCCCAUGUUAGCACAGUUAGAAGGGAUUGAUAGGACGUGUAGGGGUAGGAAAGUAAUGUGGUGUGGUGAUUUUAAUGCCCAUAAUGAAAUCUGGGGAAGUACACAUAAAGAUAACAAUGGGAGUAUAGUUGAAGAAUGUAUGGAUAACAGGGGAUUAGUGUGUAUUAAUGAUGGGAGGGGGACGAGAAUCCAUGUGGUGAGGAGUACAGAGUCUUGGACUUGACAUUGGUAUAUGUGGCUGUGGCAGGGAGUUGUGAAUGGGAAGUGAUGAGAGAACCCACGGUAGGGAGUGAUCAUUUUCCAGUUCGAUGGAAGGUCAAUAUGGGUGUGUGUAGGGUGUGUGUAUGCAGAGUAGAGGCAAUAACAUGGUGGUGCUUUGAGAAAGCUAACUGGAAGAUGUUCAAGUACCUGUGUGAUCGGGCGGGACAAAAGUUAUCAAUGGAGGGGUCUGUGGAUGAGUGUGCUGAGGCAGUAACGUCUGUAAUUGUAUCAGCUGCUGAUGUGACCGUUCCAGUGUGUUUGGGGGGAGGAUGACGGCAGGCGGUGCCAUGCUGGACAAAUGAGUGCUCAGAGGUGGUGCAGGAAACGGAUAUAGCUCUGCGUGUACUUAAGAAUGGCUUGGCAGAAAGGAAGAGAGCGAUGGCCAGAAGAACGAUUAUGACAGCGAAAAGGGAGGCAUGGCGUGAAUUUUGCUCCACUAUUGGUAGAGGGACCGAAAUUGGUGUGGUUUGGAAAAUGUUUUAAAAAAUGAUGGGGAAGAAUAAAAAUGCUUGAAUUCCUGUGUUUGUAGAAGGAAACAUUACAGCUGUAUCAAGUAAAGAAAAGGCAAAUGUCCUAGGUGGUGCAUUUGCAGCAGUUCAUAGAUGUGAGCACCUGUGUGAUGAGAGUAAGAGACGACAAGAUGUUAAAAGAGCAUGGAGAUGUUUUAAAGAAAAAAAGGGAGUCAGGAGAAGCUAUGGAUGCAGAGUUUUCUACGUUUGAGAUGAAAGGCGUUGGAGGGCUGCGGGCGGACUGCUCCUGGAGAAGAUAGGGUGUGUUAUGUGAUGUUUAACUAUGCACCGAACAGUGUUGGAAGCAGUGUUAUGGUUGUAUAAUAAGGUGUGGAGGACUGGGGUGAUACCUGCUGGGUGGAAACGUGCAGUGGUGUUGCCGUUUGUAAAACCAGGUAAAGAUCCCGCUAGGGCAGGCAGUUAUAGGCCUAUCGCGUUGACAUCCAAUAUGUGUAAGUUGAUGGAAAAGAUGAUAGUGAGUAGGAUGAUGUAUUUCUUGGAAGUGAAGGGUUUGUUGAGUGUAGCACAGAGUGUGUUCAGGAGACGGAGGUCUGCCAUGGAUGCCCUGGUGACAGUUAGUACAGAGAUAACCAAGGCCCUGACAAAAGAGUUUAUGAGUGUUGUCUAUUUUGACAUUGAGAAAGCUUAUGAUACCAUUUGGAGGGAAGGGUUGUUGAUCAAGUUGAGUGCAUUGGGCAUUGGGGGACAUCUAUAACUGGAUCAUGGACUUCCUGUUCGAUCAACUGUGGUUAGUCUGGUGUUGUUCACCCUGAUGAUAGAUUACAUAUUUAAGGAGGUGGGACAGGGAGGGGUUGUGUCCUUGUUUGCUGAUGAUGGGGCUGUAUGGAAGAGAGGUGGGAAUGUGAAAUAUGUGAUAAGGAAGAUAUGGUGGUUAAACCAUGGUGGUUUAGGAUGUCUGUGGCCAAGUCCUGCUUUAUGGUGUUUUCUAGGAGAAAGGUUAAAGAUAUUAGGAUGCAAAUAUACGGUCAGGAUAUAGGUAGGGUGUCUGAGUUUAAGUAUCUAGGUAUGUGGUUUGAUGAGAGGCUUACGUGGAAGAGACAUGUUGAGUAUAUUGAAAUUAAGGUGUAGGAAGGUGCUGAACUUUCAUGAGGGCUGUGACAGGAUAUGAAUGGGGGUUGGAUAGACAAACACUGUUGUAUACGUAUCAGACAUUGAUCAGGUCAUCUUUGGAUUAUGGGUGCUUUGUAUAUGGAUCGGCAGCCAAAACGGAUGGCUGACACUGUGUGGGUGCCUUCAGGACGACACCUAUUGAGGCAUAGCAGGUGGAUAGUGGGGAACUGCCACUGAGGAUAAGGAGGGACAAACUUGCAUUAGUGUACUGGGCGAGGUUGAAAGGGUGUUCAGAAGGACAUCCUGCGGUCACGGCAACUGGGGAAUGCUGGGAGCGAGGAGUGGGUAAGCAGAGGGCGUACGGGUGGACAAUUGGGCAGAAAGUGGUAGAAUAUGGACUGGGGGAGAGAGAGAGAGAGAGAGAGAGAUAGACCAGCAAUUGCAUUGGGGAACGUUCCUCCGUGACGGUUUCCGAAACCAAGUGUAGAUGUGGAUAUGAUUUGAGAGUAGGAGGUACAACCCUAAAUCCGUAAACAUGGGCACCCUCAUAGAUAUCAUCCUGACCAACUUACCCUCUAAAUACACUUCCGCUGUCUUCAACCAGGAUCUCAGCGAUCACUGCCUUAUUGCCUGCAUCCGUAACGGGUCCGCGGUCAAACGACCACCCCUCAUCACUGUCAAACGCUCCCUAAAACACUUUAGCGAGCAGGCCUUCCUAAUUGACCUGGCCCAGGUAUCCUGGAUGGAUAUCGAUCUCAUUCCGUCAGUAGAGGAUGCCUGGUUGUUCUUUAAAAGUAAUUUCCUCUCAAUCUUAAAUAAACAUGCCCCAUUCAAAAAAUACAGAACUAAGAACAGAUAUAGCCCCUGGUUCUCCUCAGACUUGACUGCCCUUGACCAGCACAAAAACAUCCUGUGGCCUACUGCAUUACCAUCGAAUAGCCCCCGCGAUAUGCAACUUUUCAGGGAAGUUAGGAACCAAUAUACACAAGCAGUUAGGAAAGCAAAGGCUAGCUUUUUCAAACAUAAAUUUGCAUCCUGUAGCACUAACUCCAAAAGGUUUUGGGACACUGUAAAGUCCAUGGAGAAUAAGAGCACCUCCUCCCAGCUGCCCACUGCACUGAGGCUAGGAAACACUAUCACCACCGAUAAAUCUACAAUAAUCAAGAAUUUCAACAAGCAUUUUGUUACGGCUGGCCAUGCUUUCCACCUGGCUACCACUACCCCGGCCACCAGCUCUGCACCCUUCGCUGCAACUUGCCCAUGCCCCCCCCCCCGCUUUUCCUUCACUCAAAUUCGAGACAGCUGAUGUUCUGGAAGAGCUGCAAAAUCUGGACCCCUACAAAUCAUCUGGGCUAGACAAUCUGGACCCUUUCUUUCUAAAACUAGCCGCCGAAAUUGUCGCAACCCCUAUUACUAGCCUGUUCAACCUCUCUUUCGUAACGUCUGAGAUCCCCAGAGAUGGGAAAGCUGCCGUGGUCAUCCCCCUCUUCAAAGGGGGUGACACUCUAGAUCCAAACUGUUACAGACCUAUAUCCAUCCUGCCCUGCCUUUCGAGAGUUUUUGUUAACAAGUUAACAAACAGAUCACCGACCAUUUCGAAUCCCACCGUACCUUCUCCGCUAUGCAAUCCGGUUUCUGAGCUGGUCAUGGGUGCACCUCAGCCACGCUCAAGGUCCUAAACGAUAUUAUAACCGCGAUCGAUAAUAGACAGUACUGUGCAGCCGUCUUCAUCGACCUGGCCAAGGCUUUCGACUCUGUCAACCACCGCAUUCUUAUUGGCAGACUAAAUAGCCUUGGUUUCUCAAAUUACUGCCUCGCCUGGUUCACCAACUACUUCUCAGAUAGAGUUCAAUGUGUCAAAUCGGAGGGCCUGUUGUCUGGACCUUUGGCAGUCUCUAUGGGGGUGCCACAGGGUUCAAUUCUUGGGCCGACUCUUUUCUCCGUGUAUAUCAAUGAUGUCGCUCUUGCUGCUGGUGACUCUCAGAUCCACCUCUACGCAGACGACACCAUUUUGUAUACAUCUGGCCCGUCAUUGGACACUGUGUUAACAAACCUCCAAACGAGCUUCAAUGCCAUACAACACUCCUUCAGUAGCCUCCAACUGCUCUUAAACACUAGUAAAACUAAAUGCAUGCUCUUCAAUCGAACGCUGCUGGCACCCGCCCACCUGACUAGAAUCACUACUCUCGACGGGUCUGACCUAGAGUAUGUGGACAACUACAAAUACCUAGGCGUCUGGUUAGACUGUAAACUCUCCUUCCAGACUCACAUUAAGCAUCUCCAAUCCAAAGUUAAAUCUAGAAUCGGCUUCCUAUUUCGCAACAAAGCCUCCUUCACUCAUGCUGCCAUACAUGCCCUCGUAAAAUUGACUAUCCUACCGAUCCUUGACUUCGGCGAUGUCAUUUACAAAAUAGCCUCCAACACUCUACUCAGCAAAUUGGAUGUAGUCUAUCACAGUGCCAUCCGUUUUGUCACCAAAGCCCCAUAUACUACCCACCACUGUGACCUGUACGCUCUUGUUGGCUGGUCCUCACUACAUAUUCGUCACCAAACCCACUGACUCCAGGCCAUCUAUAAAUCACUGCUAGGCAAAUCCCCGCCUUAUCUUAGCUCAUUGGUCACCAUAGCAACACCCACCCGUAGUAUACGCUCCAGCAGGUAUAUCUCACUGGUCAUCCCCAAAGCCAACACCUCCUUUGGCCGCCAUUCCUUCCAGUUCUCUGCUGCCAAUGACUGGAACGAAUUGCAAAAAUCUCUGAAGCUGGAGACUCUUAUCUCCCUCACUAACUUAAAGCAUCAGUUGUCAGAGCACCUUACCGAUCACUGCACCUGUACACAACCCAUCUGAAAUUAGCCCACCCAACUACCUCAUCCCCAUAUUGUUAUUUAUUUUGCUCAUUUGCACCCCAGUAUCUCUAUUUGCACAUCUAUCAUUCCAGUGUUAAUACUAAUUGUAAUUAUUUUGCACUAUGGCCUAUUUAUUGCCUUACCUCCAUAACUUGCUACAUUUGCACACACUGUAUAUAUAUUUUCUGUUGUAUUUUUGACUUUACGUUUUGUUUUACCCCAUAUGUAACUCUGUGUUGUUGUUUUUAUCGCACUGCUUUGCUUUAUCUUGGCCAGGUCGCAGUUGUAAAUGAGAACUUGUUCUCAACUGGCUUACCUGGUUAAAUAAAGGUGAAAUAAAUAAAUAAAAUUAAAAAUUAAAAAAUUAAAAAAUGAGAGAAUGGGGUGAGGACAUGAGACGGUGUGUGGAGAGAAAUAUAGAUAAUCAUUUGUAUUUAUUUUUAAUAAUAAUAAUAUGCCAUUUAGCAGACGCUUUUAUCCAAAGCGACUUACAGUCAUGUGUGCAUACAUUUUUACGUAUGGGUGGUCCCGGGGAUCGAACCCACUACCCUGGCGUUACAAGCGCCAUGCUCUACCAAUUGAGCUACAGAUGGUUCAAAGGAUCUAGUCAGUGGUAGGAUGGGGGCAGGGGUGUAUAUCCCAGAUUUCAAUGAGUAUGUAAGCGGUCAACUGAUUAUGUGUCAGUGUAUGCGGCCGAGUUGAUGGCCAUGAUUAUAGGUUUGAGAUGGGUGGAGGAGGUGAAACCACUCAGAGUGGUGAUCUGCUCUGAUUCAGCUGCAGUGUUGAGUAGUGCGAAGACGGACAGAUCAGAUAGGGGAGACUUGUUUGUGGAAAUGAUGGUGCUGUUAAUGGGAUUGGAGAGGAUGGGAGUGGUAGUAAGCUUUUGCUGGGUUCCAGCCCAUGCGGGUGUGGAGGGUAAUGAGAAGGCUGAUGUGGUGGCUAAGAGUGCGGUAAGGAGAGAGGGGGGUAGUUAUUCAGGUGCCGCUGGGCCGCAGGGAAGUCAAGUCCUUGAACCGGGCAAAAGGGCUUGAUCUUUCGCAAAGGGAGUGGGAUGCUAGUAGUAAGGGGAGGCAAUGUUACCACGUGCACCGGUCAGUUAAGGAAGAGGUGGGGAGUAUGGGAUGUAGGAGAGACGUUUGAAUGCCAUGUUGUGGAUGAUAGGGACACAUGAAACAGGUCUGUGUGAUGACUGUUUAGCGGAGGAAACAGUGGAGCAUGUGUUGAUAUUUUGUGAACUGUAUGACCUAGAUAGGGAGAGAUUGUGUGAAAAGAUUAGAGAGGCUGGACGGGGUUAGGGUUGGGAUUUGGGUGGUGUAGUUGGGGAGGGAAGUGGUGUCUAGGGCUCUAUUUCACUUUCUUAGAGGAACAGGACUAAUGAAGAUGAUUCAAUGUAGGUAGGCUGUGAGUGACCUCACACUCCAGUACAGUAGGUGGCGGUGUAUGCACCUUAAAAGUUGGAUGCGAUCCGCCAACCCAAUCUCGAAGAAGAAGAAGAAUUUAUGAAUAGGAAGUACUUUUUUAGUGUUGACGAGAUGCUGAUGUGACUAGGACAUAACAUGGCUACCAGAUCAGCUGUUGAAAAGAUGAACAACUUGCUUGACUCCACCUUCUAUAAACUUAGAUUGGGUGCUGAAUCCUUGUCUAUAAUCCAAAGAACAAAAGAUCCCAGAUCAGCUCUCCCAGAGGAGGAUCUCUCCUGUCCUAUUUGCCAUGAUAUCUUCAAGGAUCCUGUUGUCCUGUUGUGUAGCCACAGCGUCUGUAAAGCCUGUCUGCAGGAACACUGGAAACAGAGGCGACAUCGGGAAUGUCCAGUGUGCAGGAAGAGAAGCAAUUCGAAAGGCAAUCGUCCCUGUAACCUGGUCUUAAAGAACCUAUGUGAGUCUUUCUUAUUGGAGAGGAGUCAGAGAGAUUCAGGGGUGUUUGAGGGGCUCUGCAGUCUACACAGGGAGAAACUCAAGCUCUUCUGUCUGGAGGACAAACAGCCCAUCUGUGUGGUUGUGCCAGGCCUCCAGAAAACAUAAAAACCACAACCGCUGCCCCAUGGCACUAAGUUAAAGACCCUGGGACUAAACACCUCCCUCUGCAAUUGGAUCCUGGACUUCCUGACGGGCCGUCCCCAGGUGGUAAGGGUAGGUAACAACACAUCCGCCACGCUGAUCCUCAACACGGGGGCCCUUCAGGGGUGCAUGCUCAGUCCCCUCCUGUACUCCCUGUUCACUCAUGACUGCAUGGCCAGGCACUACUCCAACACCAUCAUAAAGUUUGCUGAUGACACAACAGUGGUAGGCCUGAUCACCGACAACGACGAGACAGCCUAUAGGGAGGAGGUCAGAGACCUGGCCGUGUGGUGCCAGGAAAACAACCUCUCCCUCAACGUGAUCAAGACAAAGGAGAUGAUUGUGGACUACAGGAAAAAGAAGAGGACCGAGCACGCCCCCAUUCUCAUCAACAGGGCUGUAGUGGAGCAGGUUGAGAGCUUCAAGUUCCUUGGUGUCCACAUCACCAACAAACUAACAUGGUCCAAGCACACCAAGACAGUCGUGAAGAGGACACGACAAAACCUAUUCCCCCUAAGGAGACUGAAAAGAUUUGACAUGGGUCCUCAGAUUCUCAUAAGGUUCUACAGCUGCACCAUCGAGAGCAUCCUGACUGGUUGCAUCACUGCCUGGUAUGGCAACUGCUCAGCCUCCGACCGCAAGGCACUACAGAGGGUAGUGCGUACGGCCCAGUACAUCACUGGGGCCAAGCUUCCUGCCAUCCAGGACCUCUAUACCAGGCGGUGUCAGAGGAAGGACCUAAAAAUUGUCAAAGUCUCCAGCCAUCCUAGUCAUAGACUGUUCUUUUGCUACCGCACGGCAAGCGGUACCGGAGUGUCAAGUCUAGGUCCAAGAGGCUUCUAAACAGCUUCUACCCCCAAGCCAUAAGACUCCUGAACAUCUAAUAAAAUGGCUACCCAGACUAUUUGCAUUGCCCCCCCCUUUUACGCUGCAGCUACUCUGUUUAUUAUCUAUGCAUAGUCACUUUAAUAACUCUACCUACAUGUACAUAUUACCUCAAUUACCUCGACUAACUGGUGCCCCCGCACAUUGACUCGGUACCCGUAUGUAGCCUCGCUAUUGUUAUUUUUACUGUUGCUCUUUAAUUAUGUGUUACUUUUAUUUGGUAUUAUUUUAUAUUGUAUUUAUUUUUUAGGUAUUCUUUCUUAAAACUGCAUUGUUGGUUAAGGGCUUGUAAGUAAGCAUUUCACUGUAAAGUCUACACCUGUUGUAUUCAGCGCAUGUGACAAAUACAAUUUGAUUUGAUUUGAUGGAUGAAACUGCACAUUAUCAAAAGGUACAGUAGCAUAACGAUCUGCAUUUAAUAUACAAAAACAUGUCAGAUACAGUAUAGUAUCAAUUUGUUGUUCUAUCUGUGUGUGUGUGACACCAGUGUGUUUUUCAGAGUAAAAACUAGGUGGGUAAACUAACGCUCCCUUAGCUCUCGAAAACCCUUAUUUUCCGUAGGGUUUUCAGCCAUUACAAUUGCCCACAUUUGGCUCCAUGUAAACUACAAUUCCAACGCUGUGUUUUAACUUACCUUUUAGAAACGUCAAUAAUCAUUGCUUUCAAAACGGUUUUCAUGUCAGCGAGAAAUAAUCUUUCAAAUAAAAAAUAUACACUUACUGUAGCAGCUUUGCACAGAUCCAUACAAUGUGUGUGCCUCUACUUGACGAACUACAGUCAGCUUACACACAGGUGUUCGAAGCAAGCUAGAUAGCUAAUUAGCACAGGUGACGGCUAUGUCUUCCGUCUGUCUUCCUUAAACAAGCGCUGUAACAUCGAGAUAUGUCAGUGUGGAAACACUAACCGUAACCCUAUAAAGGUGUGUAGUUAUUAACCUUUUUUUUUUUACUAUUAUUUUUCGCUGAUAUGAAAGAUACGUUCCUUAUGUUUCCAAAACAAUACCGCAAGCGAUGCGUGUUGAUGUUUAGAGGCUCUUAACAAAGCUCCCAGGUCAGAAGAUAAUUUCAUCAAUAGGCGCUAAAGUAGUUAGCGUCUAAGAAUGGGGUAACGCUCCCUAUACUUUCAAUGCAUUUUUCUGCAAAAGGUGGUUAAACUGUUAGGCAAAAAAACGUUGUUUAUUUGCGUUUACCCCUCAGAGCGGUGUACCGCUGAUAUUUUUCAAGUACUUUUCAUAGUGAAGAAUAAUUUCCUCAUUCCUGUAAAACAGAUAUAUCUUAUCUAACCACACACACACGUGACACACCUACUGUACACUCACAUACCUGACUUAAACCCAGAGGAGAGCAGUCCAUUCACCUUUCUUCCAUGUAGAUAAACUCUGUAAUGAAAAAAGGAACAUUUCUCUUCAAUAAAACAUUCUCUCAUUCCAGGAGGAACUACAGACUUUCCUGAAGCCCUUACAGGAGAAACUGGAGGUCUUUAAUAAAGUUAAACAAACCUGUGACCAAAAAGUCAAGCACAUUAAGGUGAGGAUGACUAGUAAUAAGAGAACAGAGAAUUGUAGGUAUUCGACUCACAGUAUUUUGUGGGUAAACAUCAUAACAUUUAGUCUCCAGAACCAGACCCAGCACACAGAGAUAAUGAUUAAAAAAGCUUACCAGAAGCUCCACCAGUUUCUACGAGAGGAAAAGGAGGUGAGGAUAGCUGUUCUGAGGGAGGAAGAAAAGCAGAAGAGCCGUAUGAUAAAUGAGAAGAUUGAGGGAAUGAGCAGAGAGAUAUCAUCACUUUCAGACACAAUCAGAGCCGUAGAGGAGGAGAUGAAAGCUGAAGACAUCUCAUUCCUGCAGGCCAAUCAAUCAAUCAAUCAAAUGUAUUUAUAAAGCCCUUUUCACAUCAGCAGAUGUCACAAAGUGCUAUGCAGAAACCCAGCCUAAAACCCCAAACAGCAAGCAAUGCAGAUGUAGAAGCAUGGUGGCUAGGAAAGACUCCCUGAAAGGCAGGAACCUAGGAAGAAACCUAGAGAGGAACUAGGCUCUGAGGGGUGGCCAGUCCUCUUCUGGCUGUGUCGGGUGGAGAUUAUAAGAGUACAUGGCCAUUAAGGCCAGAUUGUUCUUCAAGAUGUUCAAACAUUCAUAGAUGACCAGCAGGGUCAAAUAAUAAUCACAGUGGUUGUAGAGGGUGCAACAGGUCAGUACCUCAGGAGACAUGUCAGUUGGCUAUUCAUAGCCGAGCAUUCAGAGGUCGAGACAGCAGGUGCGGUAGAGAGCGAGAGAGAGAGAAAGAGUCGAAAACAGCAGGUCCGGGACAAGGUAGCAUGUCCGGUGAAACAGGUCAGGGUUCCAUAGCCGCAGGAAGAACAGUUGAAACUGGAGCAGCAGCACGACCAGGUGGAAUGGGGGCAGCCAGGAGACAUCAGGCCAGGUAGUCCUGAGGCAUGAUCCUAGGGCUCAGGUCCUUCGGGAGGGGAGGGAGAGAAUCAGAGGGAGCAUACUUAAAUUCACACAGGACACCAAAUAAGACUGGAGAAUUACACCAGAUAUAACACACUGACCCUAGCCCCCCAAUACAUAGACUAUUGCAGCAUAGACACUGGAGGCUGAGACAGGGGUGGGUCGGGGGACACUGUGGCCCCGUCCGACGAUACCCCAGGACAGGGCCAACCAGGCACCCACUUUGCCAAAGCACAGCCCCCACACCACUAGAGGGAUAUCAACAGACCACCAAUUUACUUCCCAUGAGGCAAGGCUGAGUAUAGCCCAUGAAGAUCUCCUCCACCGCACGAGCCAGAGGGAGCGCAAAACCGGACAGGAAGAUCACGUCUGUGACUCAUCCCACUCAAGUCCUAGGGACGGCAUGGAAGAGCACUAGUAAGCCAGUGACUCAGCCCCCUUAAUAGGGUCAGAGGCAGAGAAUCCCAGUGGAGAGAGGGGAGCCGGCCAGGCAGAGACAGCAAGGGUGGUUCGUUGCUCCAGUGCCUUGCCGUUCACCUUCGCACCCCUGGGCCAGACCACACGCAAUCAUAGUACCUACUGAAGAGAUGAGUCUUCAGUAAAGACUUAAAGGUUGAGACAGAGUCUGCGUCUCUCACAUGGAUAGGCAGACCUCUGUAGCUCAGCUGGUAGAGCACGGCGCUUGUAACGCCAGGGUAGUGGGUUCGAUCUCCGGGACCACCCAUACACAAAAAUGUAUGCACGCAUGACUGUAAGUCGCUUUGGAUAAAAGCGUCUGCUAAAUGGCAUAUUAUUAUUAUUAGACCAUUCCAUAAAAUUGGAGCUCUAUAGUAGAAAGCCCUGCCUCCAGCUGUUUGCUUAGAAAUUGUAGGGACAAUAAGGAGACCUGCGUCUUGUGACUGUAGCGUAUGUGUAGGCAUGUACGGCAGGACCAAAUCGGAGAGAUAGGUAGGAGCAACACCAUGUAAUGCUUAGUAGGUUAGCAAAAAACCUUGAACUCAGCCCUAGCCUUAACAGGAAGCCAGCACUGGGGGAAUGUGAUCACAUUUUUUGGUUCUAGUCAAGAUUCUAGCAGCUGUGUUUAGCACUAACUGAAGUUUAUUUGGUGCUUUAUCCAGGUAGCCAAGAGAGUAGAGCAUUGCAGUAGUCUAAUCUAGAAGUGACAAAAGCAUGGAUUCGCUUUCCUGCAUCAUUUUUGGACAAAAUGUUUUUGACUUUUGCAAUGUUACAAAGAUGGAAAAAAGCUCCCCUUUAAAUAUACAUUUGUCAAAAGAGAGAUCAGGAUCCAGAGUAAUGCAGAGGUCCUUCACAGUUUUAUUUGAGACGACUGUACAACCAUCAAGAUUAAUUGUCAGAUCCAACAGCAGAUCUCUUUGUUUCUUGGGACCUAGAACUAGAAUCUCUGUUUUGUCAGAGUUUAAAAGUAAAACAUUUGCCGCCAUCCACUUCCUUAUGUCUGAAACACAGGCUUCCAGGGUAGGCAAUGUUGGGGCUUCACAAUGUUUCAUCAAAAUGUACAGCUGUGUGUCGUCCGCAUAGCAGUGAAAGUUGACAUUGUGUUUCCGAAUGACAUCACCAAGAGGUAGAAUAUAUAGUGAAAACUAAAAUAGUGGUCCUAAAACGGAACCUUGAGGAACGCCGAAACGUACAAUUGAUUUGUCAGAGGACAAACCAUCCACAGAGACAAACUGAUAUCUUUCCGACAGAUAAGAUCUAAACCAGGCAAGAACUUGUCCGUGUAGACCAAUUUGGGUUUCUAAUCUCUCCAAAAGAAUGUGGUGAUCGAUGGUGUCAAAAGCCGCACUAAGGUCUAGGGGCACGAGGACAGAUGCAGAGCCUUGGUCUGACACCAUUAAAAGGUAAUUUACCACCUUCACGAGUGCAGUCUCAGUGCUAUGAUGGGGUCUAAAACCAGACUGAAGCAUUUCGUAUACAUUAUUUGUCUUCAGGAAGGCAGUGAGUUGCUGCGCAACAGCUUUUUCUAAAAUAUUUGAGAGGAAUGGGAGUUUUGAUAUAGGCCGAUCGUUUUUUACAUUUUCCGGGUCAAGGUUUGGCUUUUUCAAGAGGCUUUAUUACUGCCACUUUUAGUGAGUUUGGUACACAUCCAGUGGAUAGGGAGCCAUUUAUUAUGUUCAACAUAGGAGGGCCAAGCACAGGAAGUAACUCUUUCAGUCGUUUAGUUGGAAUAGGGUCCAGUAUGCAGCUUGAGGGUUUAUAGGCCAUGACUAUUUUCAUGAAUGUGUCGAGAGAUACAGGAUGAAAAAACUUGUGUCUCCAUUGAUCCUAGGUCCUGGCAGUUCUGUGCAGACUCAGGACAACUGAGCUUUGGAGAAAUAUGCAGGUUCAAAGAGGAGUCCGUAAUUUGCUUUCUAAUGAUCAUGAUCUUUUGAUCGAAGAAGUUCAUGAAUUGAUCACUGCUGUAGUGAAAGCCAUCCUCUCUUGUUGAAUGCUGCUUUUUAGUUCGCUUUGCAACAGUAUCAAACAUAAAUGUUGGAUUGUUCUUAUUCUCCUCAAUUAGGUUGGAAAAAUAGAAUGAUCGAGCAGCAGUGAGGGCUCUUCGAAAUUGCACGGUACUAUCUUUUCAAGCUAGUCGAAAGAUUUCCAGUUUGGUAGAGCGCCAUUUCCGUUCCAAUUUUCUGGAAGCUUGCUUCAGGGCUCGGGUAUUUUCUGUAUACUAGGGAGCAAAUGUAUUGUGACAAAUGUUUUUUGUUUUUAGGGGUGUGACUGCGUCUAGGGCAUUACGCAAGGUUACAUUUAGAUCCUCAGUUAGGUGGUUAACCGAUUUUUGUACUCCGACGUCCUUGGGUAGGUGGAAGGAGUCUGGAAGGGCAUUUAGGAAUCUUUGGGUUGUCCGAGAAUUUAUAGCACAGCUUUUGAUGAUCCUUGGUUGGGGUCUGAGCAGAUUAUUUGUUGUGAUUUCAAACGUAAUAAGAUGGUGGUCCGAUAGUCCAGGAUUAUGAGGAAAUUUAGAUCCACAAUAUUUAUUCCACGGGACAAAACUAGAUCCAGGGUAUGUCCGUGGCAAUGAUCCGGAGACAUGUUGGACAAAACCCACUGAGUCAAUGAUGGCUCCGAAAGCCUUUUGGAGUGGGUCUGUGGACUUUUCCAUGUGAAUAUUAAAGGCACCAAAAAUUAGAAUAUUAUUUGCUGUGACUACGAGGUCCGAUAGGAAUUCAGAGAACUCAGUGAGGAACGCUGUAUAUGGCCCAGGAGGCCUGUAAACCAUAGCUAUAGAAAGGGAUUGAGUAGGCUGCAUAGAUUUCAUGACUAGAAGCUCAAAAGUCGAAAAUUAUCUACAGAUUCUAUCAUUAGGGAGGGGCAGAAAACAGUUUUCAACCAUCGAUUGAGUUGUGAGACUGCUGUAGAACUCAUCACUCCCCCUAACUGGGAGGGGGCCAGAGACAAUUACUCGAUGCCGACACAUUUCUAGCUAAUUUACACGCUGAAGCGAUGUUUCUCUUGGUGACCUCUGACUGUUUCAUCCUAACAUUGUUGGUGCCAACGUGGAUAACAAUAUCCCUAUACUCUCUACACUCGCCAGUUUUAGCCUUAGCCAGCACCAUCUUCAGAUUAGCCUUAACAGCCCUGCCCCCUGGUAAACAGUGUAUGAUCGAUGGAUGAUUAUUUUGAAGUCUAAUAUUGUGGGUAAUGGAGUCGCCAAUGACUAGGGUUUUCAAUUUGUCAGAGCUAAUGGAGGGAGGUUUCGGCGGCUCAGACCCCACAACGGGUGGAGGAGAGACCUGAGAAGGCUCGGCCUCUGACUCCGACUCAUUGCUUAAUGGGGAGAACCGGUUGAAAGUUUCUGUCGGCUGAAUGAGCAUGCCGACAGCAUUUCUUUCCAGAAGCCUUGAGAAAAUUGUCCGGCUCCGGGGACUGUUCGGGGCGAUUUAUACUACUAUCUGUACUUACUGGUGGCAGGCACAGACGCUGUUUCAUCCUUUCCUACACUUAAAUUGCCCUUGCCUAACGAUUGUAUCUGAAGCUGUGCUUGCAACUCGGCUAUCCUCACCAUAAGGCGAUAGUUCUCCUGUAUAUUAUGAGUACAGCGACUGCAAUUGGAUGGCAUAGUGUUAAUGUUACUACUUAACUUUUUGGGCUGGUGGAGGUCCUGUAGAAACAUGUCCAGAUAAAGCGUCCAAGGUGAAAAAGUUGAAUGAAAAAAGUAGAGCGAGGAAAACACGAAGACGUUGGUAAAUGAGUUAAAAGUAAAAAAACAAAAAAACAUUUGGCAGAUAGCCAAGUAGCAACAAACAGCACGGAGACAAGUUUGGAAGUUGAGGGCGGAGGUAGACUGAUUUUCCUCUUGUCAGGGCUGUGCUCUCAAAAUGUAAAAUGUUGGGGUAUGUUUAUCGGUUGACUGAUUUAAUAUUGAUUGAUUGAUUGACUCAAUCUGUUCUUUUGUUCUGUAGAACUGCAAGCCCACAGUGGAAAGGUAAGUGAUCGGCCUUCUUUCUUUUUCUUCUCUGUGGUCCUGAACCCAACCCUACAGCAACAGCAGCACUCAAUGUUUUUUCAGAACCUAGUGCACACUACCGCCGGAUCUACAGCUGGUCUCAGGAUUGCUGAUAGAUGUGGCCAAACACCUGGACAACCUGCAGUUCAGAGUCUGGGAGAAGAUGCAGGGGAUUGUGAAAUACAGUAAAUAAAUAUGAAUUUAUGAGACUAAAAUGCAUUUAUCUGCCUGACCAUCAACUGUGCAGUACAAUUAACCAGUAUCAAUAGCAGUUGUACACAACUAUUAUUAACUUGACUUGUUCUUCUUGGCAUCCAGAAAACAGCACCAACUAGAAAUCACCCACAGUUCUAAUCUACACUGAACAAAAAUAUAAACGCAACGUGCAACAAUUUCAAAGAUUUUACUGAGUUACAGUUCAUAUAAGGAAAUCAGUUAAUUUAAAUACAUGCAUUAGGCCCUAAUCUAUAGAUUUCACAUGACUGGGAAUACAGAUAUGCAUCGGUUGGUCACAGAUACUGUACCUUUAAAAAACAAAAAGUAGGGGCGUGGAUCAUAAAACCAGUUAGUAUCUGGUGUGACCAUUUGCCUCAUGCAGCGUGGCACAUCUCCUUCGCAUAGAGUUGAUCAGGCUGUUGAUUGUGGCCUGUGGAAUGUUGUCCCCCUCCUCUUCAAUGGCUGUGCGAAGUUGCUGGAUAUUGUCGGGAACUGGAACACGUUGUCGUACACGUCGAUCCAGAGCAUCCCAAACAUGGGCUCCCGAGUGGCGCAGCGGUCUAAGGCACUGCAUCUCAGUGCUUGAAGCGUCACUACAGACCCCCUGGUUUGAUUCCAGGCUGUAUCACAACCGGCCGUGAUUGGCCGUGAUUGGGAGUCUGCACAAUUGGCCCAGCGUCGUCCGGGUUUGGCCGGUGUAGGCCGUCAUUGUAAAUAAAAAUUUGUUCUUAACUGACUUGCCUAGGUAAAUAAAGGUAAAAUAAAAAAAUAAAAAAAUGCUCAAUGGGUGACAUGUCUGGUGAGUAUGCAGGCCAUGGAAGAACAGGGAAAUGUUCAGCUUCCAUCAAUUGUGUACAGAUCCUUGUGACAUGGGGCUGUGCAUUAUCGUGCUAAAACAUGAGGUGAUUGCGGCGGAUGAAUGGCACGACAAUGGGCCUCAGGAUCUCGUCACAGUAUCUCUGUGCAUUCAAAUUGCCAUCAAUAAAAUGCAAUUACAGUGGGGGAAAAAAGUAUUUAGUCAGCCACCAAUUGUGCAAGUUCUCCCACAUAAAAGAUGAGAGAGGCCUGUAAUUUUCAUCAUAGGUACACGUCAACUAUGACAGACAAAUUGAGAAAAUAAAAUCCAGAAAAUCACAUUGUAGGAUUUUUAAUGAAUUUAUUUGCAAAUUAUGGUGGAAAAUAAGUAUUUGGUCACCUACAAACAAGCAAGAUUUCUGGCUCUCACAGACCUGUAACUUCUUCUUUAAGAGGCUCCUCUGUCCUCCACUCGUUACCUGUAUUAAUGGCACCUGUUUGAACUUGUUAUCAGUAUAAAAUACACCUGUCCACAACCUCAAACAGUCACACUCCAAACUCCACUAUGGCCAAAACCAAAGAGCUGUCAAAGGACACCAGAAACAAAAUUGUAGACCUGCACCAGGCUGGGAAGACUGAAUCUGCAAUAGGUAAGCAGCUUGGUUUGAAGAAAUCAACUGUGGGAGCAAUUAUUAGGAAAUGAAAGACAUACAAGACCACUGAUAAUCUCCCUCGAUCUGGGGCUCCACGCAAGAUCUCACCCGUGGGGUCAAAAUGAUCACAAGAACGGUGAGCAAAAAUCCCAGAACCACACGGGGGGACCUAGUGAAUGACCUGCAGAGAGCUGGGACAAAAGUAACAAAGCCUACCAUCAGUAACACACUACGCCGCCAGGGACUCAAAUCCUGCAGUGCCAGACGUGUCCCCCUGCUUAAGCCAGUACAUGUCCAGGCCCGUCUGAAGUUUGCUAGAGUGCAUUUGGAUUUUCCAGAAGAGGAUUGGGAGAAUGUCAUAUGGUCAGAUGAAACCAAAAUAGAACUUUUUGGUAAAAACUCAACUCGUCGUGUUUGGAGGACAAAGAAUGCUGAGUUGCAUCCAAAGAACACCAUACCUACUGUGAAGCAUGGGGGUGGAAAUAUCAUGCUUUUGGGCUGUUUUUCUGCAAAGGGACCAGGACGACUGAUCCGUGUAAAGGAAAUAAUGAAUGGGGCCAUGUAUCGUGAGAUUUUGAGUGAAAACCUCCUUCCAUCAGCAAGGGCAUUGAAGAUGAAACGUGGCUGGGUCUUUCAGCAUGACAAUGAUCCCAAACACACCGCCCGGGCAACGAAGGAGUGGCUUCGUAAGAAGCAUUUCAAGGUCCUGGAGUGGCCUAGCCAGUCUCCAGAUCUCAACCCCAUAGAAAAUCUUUGGAGGGAGUUGAAAGUCCGUGUUGCCCAGCGACAGCCCCAAAACAUCACUGCUCUAGAGGAGAUCUGCAUGGAGGAAUGGGCCAAAAUACCAGCAACAGUGUGUGAAAACCUUGUGAAGACUUACAGAAAACGUUUGACCUGUGUCAUUGCCAACAAAGGGUAUAUAACAAAGUAUUGAGAAACUUUUGUUAUUGACCAAAUACUUAUUUUCCACCAUAAUUUGCAAAUAAAUUCAUUAAAAAUCCUACAAUGUGAUUUUCUGGAUUUUUUUCUCUCAUUUUGUCUGUCAUAGUUGACGUGUACCUAUGAUGAAAAUUACAGGCCUCUCUCAUCUUUUUAAGUGGGAGAACUUGCACAAUUGGUGGCUGACUAAAUACUUUUUUUCCCCACUGUACGUUGGUUGUCUAUAGCUUAUGCCUGCCCAUACCAUAACCCCACCGCCACCAUGGGGCACUCUGUUCACAACGUUGACAUCAGCAAACCUCUCGCCCACACGACGCCAUACACACUGUCUGUCAUCUGCCCAGUACAGUUGAAACCGGGAUUCAUCCAUGAAGAGCACACUUCUCCAGCGUGCCAGUGGCCAUCGAAGGUGAACAUUUUCCCACAGAAGUCGGUUACGACGCCGAACUGCAGUCAGGUCAAGACCCUGGUAAAGAUGACCAGGACGCAGAUGAGCUUCCCCUGGUUUGAACAUUUAAUUAUCUGACAACAGCUCUGGUGGACAUUCCGGCAGUCAGCAUGCCAAUUGCACGCUCUCUCAAAACUUGAUACAUCUGUGGAAUUGUGUUGUGUGAAAAAAAACUGCACAUUUUAAAGUGGCUGUUUAUUGUCCCCAGCACAAGGUGCACCUGUGUAAUGAUCAUGCUGUUUAAUCAUCUUGUUGAAAUGCUCACUAACAGGGAUGUAAACAAAUUUAUGCACAACAUUUGAGAGAAAUAAAGUUUUUGUACGUAUUAAACAUUUCUAGGAUCUUUUAUUUCAGCUCAUGAAGCAUGGGUCCAACACUUGACAUGUUGCGUUUUUGUUCAGUGUAGUAAAUCUGCUCUCUUCACUCAGCUCCUGUCACUCUGGACCCAAACACUGCCCACCCAGAUCUCUUGAUGUCUGAGGAUCUGACCAGUGAGAAACACAGCAAUGAGACACUGCAGCUUCCUGAUAACCCAGAGAGGUUUGUUGACUAUGUAUGGAUCUUGGGUUCUGAGGGCUUUAACUCAGGGACACACAGCUGGGACGUUGAGGUUUUGAACAAUACAUUCUGGUCGCUGGGUGUGAUAGAAAGGUCUGUCCAGAGGAAGGCAGCAGUUAAGAGUGGACACUGGCGAUCCUGGCACUUCAAACAUAAAUACGGUGCGUUUUCCCCACCAGAAUCAACCAGUGUACUCCCAGUGGCAAAGAAACCCCAGACGAUCAGAGUAUAGCUGGACUGGGACAAAGGAGAGCUGUUAUUCUCUGACCCUGAUAAGAACACCUUUACACACUUUCAAUGUGAAAGUCUUUCCAUAUUUUGGUAGUUACUGCAAGCUCUCCCCUCUGAGAAUCUUACCAGGGAAGGUCUCUGUAAAAGGACAAAACGGUUAGUUAGUCUGGCUGUAGUGGGACAGGACUGGUGGUGAUCCAGUGGCUUGUGAAAGUAUUCACCCCCCUUGGCAUUUUUCCUAUUUGUUGCCUUACAACCUGGAAUUAAAAUGGAUUUUUGGGGGGGUUGUAUCAUUUGAUUUACACAACAUGCCUACCACUUUGAAGAUGCAAAAUGUUUUUUCUUCAAGGCAAAACUGCUCCAGCUCCUUCAAGUUGGAUGGGUUCCACUGGUGUACAGCAAUCUUUAAGUCAUACCACAGAUUCUUAAUUGGAUUGGGGUCUAGGGCUUUGACUAGGCCAUUCCAAGACAUUUAAAUGUUUCCCCUUAAACCACUCAAGUGUUGCUUUAGCAGUUUGCUUAGGGUCAUUGUCCUGCUGGAAGGUGAACCUCCGUCCCAGUCUCAAAUCUCUGGAAGACUGAAACAGGUUUCCCUCAAGAAUUUCCCUGUAUUUAGCCCCAUCCAUCAUUCCUUCAAUUCUGACCAGUUUCCCAGUCCCUGCCGAUGGAAAAACAUCCCCACAGCAUGAUGCUGCCACCACCAUGGUGGUGUUCUCGGGGUGAUGAGAGGUGUUGGGUUUGCGCCAGACAUAGCGUUUUCCUUGAUGGCCAAAAUGCUCAAUUUUAGUCUCAUCUGACCAUAGUACCUUCUUCCAUAUGUUUGGGGAGUCUCCCACAUGGCUUUUGGCGAACACCAAACGUGUUUGCUUAUUUUUUUCUUUAAGCAAUGGCUUUUUUCUGGCCACUCUUCCGUAAAGCCCAGCUCUGUGAAGUGUACGGCUUAAAGUGGUCCUAUGGACAGAUACUCCAAUCUCCGCUGUGGCGCCUUGCAGCUCCUUCAGGGUUAUCUUUGGUCUCUUUGAUGCCUCUCUGAUUUAAUGCCCUCCUUGCCUGGUCUGUGAGUUUUGGUGGGCGGCCUUCUCUUAGCAGGUUUGUUGUUGUGCCAUAUUCUUUACAUUUUUAAAUAAUGGUUUUAAUGGUGCUCCAUGGGAUGUUCAGCUCAGUUUUGCGCUUUGCAUAAUGUCUCAGUCAUCAUCCUCUAUGACAGGAGGCCAACCCUGCAUAAGGAAUCUUUUCACUUGGGCCAUGAUAGGAUCCCGGUCUGUCCACUGUUUGAUCUGUUUGGCAUUCACAGGUGAGUUUGACAAUCUCUCCAUCAAUGGUUUGUGGUCAGUGCAUAUGGUAAAAUGAUGACCGUAGAGGUACUGAUGAAAGCGUUUCACAGCAAAGACUAUGGCCAGACCUUCCUUUUCUAACUGGGAAUAACCCUUCUCAGCACUCGUCAGCGUGCGUGAUGCGAAUCCAAUGGGUUUCUCUGACUCGUCCUCCAUAUGAUGAGAGAGUACUGCCCCGACGCCAUAGGGCGAGGCAUCACAUGACAGGAUGAUCUCUUUGUUUUGGUCAAAAUAAACCAGUGCUGAUUGUAGUAGUGCUUUCAUUUCCUUGAAAGUUUUCUCUUGUACUGGCCCCCACUUCCAUUUACAGUCUUUGUGUAGCAGCUGAUGAAGUGGAGCCAACACUGUUGACAGCUCAGGGAGGAACUUACCAUAGUAGUUCACCAUGCCCAGGAACGACCUGAGCUCGGACACGUUCUUGGGGUUUGGAGCAUCCUUGAUUGCCCUGACUUUCUCCUCCACAGGACACAGACCCUGCACUGUGAUCUUGUGACCUAGGUGUGUCACACUCUGUGCUUGGAAUGUGCACUUGCUAUGCUUCAGGCGCAGCCCUGCCUCAGACAAUCUCUUUAAAACCUGGUCCAGAUGGUGGAGGUGCUCCUCCUCUGUCUCCCCUGUAACCCGGAUGUCAUCCAGGUACCCUGCAGCAGAUUGUCCAUUGUCCUCUGGAAAAUGGCUGGACUUGGACACCACUCCGCGGCAGCGGGUAAGCGUCCAGUUUAGAGGCCCUGUUGAUGGUGAAUUUGUAGUCCCCACAUAUAUGCACCGUGAUGUCACUUUUCAGAACAGGAACGAUUGGAGCUGCCCAGCAGGAGAACUGAAUGGGAGAAAAUGAUGUUUGUUUCCUGCAGCCAUUCUAACUCAUCAUCCACUUUUUUUUUCAUGACGUAAGGCUCUGUCCUGGGCUUCAAAAAGUGAGGCUCGACCUGAGGAUCCACAAACAGCUUAACUGCUGUGCCCUGUAGUGUGCCCAGUUCAUCUUUGAAAAUCUCUGGGUACUUUUGAAUGACAUCCUCAGUCACUUGUGUGUGUUUUAUCUCACCCAAGUUCAGUUGUAUUUUGGUGAGCCAGUCACGCCCUAGUAAACUAGGCCCAUUCCCUUUCACCACCAGGAGCCGUGCUCUCACUUCCUGGCUGUUGUAUGCAAUGUCCACCUCUAGAGCCCCCAGCAAUGGUAUGGUCUCCCCGGUGUACGUACACAGUCUGAUCCCUGCCGGUGUGAGAGCCCCACAUUUGUUUGUAGGUCUCCUCACUGAUGACAGAGGCAAAGGCCCCCAUGUCAACCUCCAUCCUCAUCUGCUUUCCAUCUACCUUCACUGUAGAAUAGAUAGGCUCUGCUCACUCACAUUAAACAUGUUGUAGGAACAAUGCUCUUCCUCCUCCUCUGUGCUCUCUAGGUGGUGUGCUGCUGACUAUGGCUUUGUUGCUGUGAACUUGCCCUGCCCAGUCUGCCCACCCUCUGGCUUGCUCCUAGGACCCCUGCAUUUUUUAGCUAAAUGUCCCUUUUUGUUGCAAUUGUGACAGACAGUAUCCUUGAACAUACAGUUGUUUGCAUAAUGUGUUCCCCCACAUCUGAAACAUUCCACUGUUUUUCCCCUUUUUCCUGCCGCCUCUUUUGUCACCUGUUGCACUGCACAACUUCCACUGUUGGCCUUUUAAAUAUGUUUUAGCAUUACUAGCGGCCAUCUCCAUCCCUUGAGAUAGUUCCAAUGCUCUCUUGAAAGUCAGUGUGGCUUCCCCCAGCAAACGCCGCUGUAUGCUGUCCUCAUUAAUGCCACAGACUAAUCUGUCACGGAGCAUGUCCUCUAACAUAGCCCCAAAUUCACAAUGUUCAGAGAGUUCACGUAAUUCAGCAACAAAGUUAGCAACAGACUGACCUGUUUUCCGAAAAUGGCAGUUAAACUUGAACCUCUGGACAAUCACUGAAGGCUUUGGAUUGUGGUGAGUCUGAACGAGAGCAAUUAGAUCCACAAAAAUAAUUUAUCCCGGUCUCCGUGGUGUAGCCAAAUUCCUCAUUAGCUUGUAUGUUUUUAGCCCCACACACACUCAAGAGAAUAGAGCGCUGUUUAGCCUCAUCUGGUAUUCCAUUUGCCAAGAAAAAGUGUCCCAACCUUUCCACAUAUUCCGUCCUGUCCUCGUUCUCUUCCUCAAACUCAGUGAUCAUCCCAAACAUUGCCAUUGUAACGCCAACUUGUCCUUGAUCCUCGUUAGCGAUUUUUACUUGCUGCUGAUUGUCACCGUCGGAGUUUCCCUCCAGCGGCGGCAGCUCUCCGUCGCUCAUUAAGCUAGCUAGCUAACUGACUAAAUCCACUGUUUCUUAGCUAGCUAGCACAUCACCCUGUACAUGCUGAUCAAGUUUUAUCCUCGUCGCCAAAAAUAUGUAGUGACUUGACAAGGAAUGCCCACACUAUACAGCCAUGUACAAACGGUACAAAUGCAGAAAAACGAUACAGCUCAUUCAACAUGUGGUAGAGUCGCAUUUUACAGAUCCGACUCUGGGUGAUGACAUCAUCAAAGGGGAAAGGUCACGGCCAAUGCCAAUAAUAACCAUGCACACAUGAAUAGUAAUCAUACUAUACUGCAGGUAAGCACAAUCCAUAUUCAAUGUAAUUAUUUAUAUAGUGUCCACCUUAUAACAGUAAUAUACUGUACAAUCCCAUAAAACGUAAAGAUCCACCCCUCAUACACCAGGUCCAUGACACUCACCUGCUCACGGUAAUGAACAACCCUCUCAGCUCUCUUAGGUACCUGUUCUGUCGGACUAAGGACAUAAAACAGGACUUCUACAAAAAGCAAGUUCAAACUGAACCAUUGAAUAUUCCACCUAAACUGUAACUUUCAGGCCCUGCUAACCAAACAAGGGUGAGUCUUGGAAGUGAACUGUUGCCUCCAGAAGCCAUUCCAGAGAAAGGAAUGUGACUGUGAGAGAAAAUGGCUUCCAAAUUGUUGUGCAUAUCUCCUGUCCAUUGUGUCAUGACAUCUUCAAGGAUCCAGUCCUACUAUAUUGUGUAGCCACAGCUUCUGUAAAGCCUGUCUGCAGAAACACUGGGGAGAGAAGGAAGAAAAGGAAUGUCCUGUACGCAAGAGAAAAUCUUCAAUAGAGCUUUUCCUUAACCUGGCUCUAAAGGACAUAUGUGAGGGCUUCUUACAGGAGAGAGCUUCAACAGACUCCAAAAGUGCUAUGCAGUCUGCACAGGGAGAAAUUCAAGCUCUUCUGUCAGGAGGAUAAACAGACAAUCUGUGUGGAAUACCAGACCUCAAUAAAACAUAAAUACUGGAUCAGACCCAUAGAUGAGGCUUCACAGGUUUACAAGGUAUAGGAAAAUAUUGAUUUAUAUUCAAUAAAGAUUAUUUGUAUUUACUAUUCAUAAAACAAGCAAAAACAUGGAUAGAAACUUUAAACAAUUUUUUCCUGAUGGUUUUCAGUCUGUAGGGCAACAAAAUGUUUAAAUUGUGCAAGGGGGUGUAUAUUUUCUAUAGACACUACAGCCGUUUACCAAGUUUCCCUGUCUGAUGUCAUACAUGUUUGAGUUUAUCCACGCCGAUCACUUAUAAUUUUAAAACAGUGUUGUGUUCUCUCUGUUAAGCUCCUGUGAUUCUAGACCCCAACACUGCCCACCCAGUUCUCAUCCUGUCUGAGGAUCUGACCAGUGUCAGAGUCAGAGAGACACAGCAGCUUCCUGACAACCCAGAGAGAUUUGAUAGCUAUAAAUGGCUCCUGGGCUCUGAGGACUUCCACUCAGGCACACACAGCUGGGACAUUGAGGUUGGGGACAGUUAUGGUCACUGGGUGUGAUACAGGAGGGUGUCCAAACGAAGGGAGUAGUUAAGAGUAUGUACUGGUCAUUGAAGCAGUUUGAUGCAAAAUACACAGCACAGUCGCCACCAGGACCGUCCAUUGACCUGACUGUAGCACAGAAACCCCAGAGGAUCAGUGUGCAGCUGGACUGGGACAAAGGAACGCUGUCCUUCUCUGACCCUGUUAACAACACACACAUACACACAUUCACACACACUUUCACUGAGAGAGUAUUUCCAUUAAUUGGUGAUUACGGCAAACACCAGCGUCUAAGCAUCUUGGCAGAGGACGCCUUUGUAACAGUGGAACAGCCCUGCAAUGCUAAUUACACACUGCCAAAUACAGCGGAG